AGUCCAAGCGGAGAGUAUACGAGGUGGAAGGCGCGCGCCUCGGUCUGUGUGUUGGAGCUGCCAAGUCUAGUGCACGUAAAGUGUCCAUAGCGCAGGACCUGGCGGCCUGAGUGAAUGAAUAUCCAGCCAUCCGCGUCCAGCGGAGCUCCCGCAGCGCGCCCUCCCAGGGAUCCUUCCAGACCUCCGAGCUGAACCAUUCCCGCGCCCCCCCGCCCUGCAGCAAUGGUAGCGCCCGAACGCCCCGCGUCACCCAUUGUUUACAAAUCGAACUGAACCGGCUGAGCUCCAGUUCCCGGAGCUGCGGUGGAGGCGGCGGUGGCGGCUGCGGCGCGCUCGGGAGCCCCGCACGCGGCCGGCUCGCUCCGAGACCGCAGCGCCCUGUCUUCGGGAGCUGUCGCCGGGGCCCGGCGGGGAGCGAGGAGCGGUCCUAGUGGCAGCGGCGGCAUCGGCGGCGGCGGAGUUCCGGGGUCCGGGCUGCGGACAGAGGCCAUGCCGUGCCGGAGGGAGGAGGAGGACGAGGACGACGAGGCGGCGGCGGCUGGAGAGGAGGAGGAGGACGCCGAGGGGGAGGGGGAGGAAGAAGAGAGCUUCCUCCUGCUGCAGCAGUCGGUGACUGUCGGGGGCUCGGGGGACGUUGACCGGCUGGUGGCCCAGAUCGGGGAGGCGCUGCAGCUGGACGCGGCGCACGGGAGCCGGCCCGCCCCCCGGGGGCCCCUGGCGCUCAAGCCGCCCCCGCCGCCCCCGCUGCGGCCCCCGGUCCUGCAGCUGCUGCUGCCUCCGGGGUCGGCUCCGGCGCCCCUGCAGCCGGCCGGACCGCUGCAGUGCGCGGGGAGCGGGGCCCGCGCUGCCCUGCCCUGGACGAGCGACGUGGGCGCCGCCUCGCACCCUCCACUUCGGGUGCCAUCGGGUCCGUGCGCCCCGGGGGGGGCCCCGGCCCGGAGCGGGGCGUCUGGCCCGCAAGUCUGCAAGCGGGGCUUCCCGCAGCCGCUGCCGGGCCCGUGCCGGCGCGCCUGGCUUCGGGGCGCCACCGCCUCCCGCCGUCUGCAUCAUCAUCAGCACCACCAGUACCGGUACCGAGGACAGCCGGGACUCCGGGCCGGAGACGAUGACCCCCACCAGCUUCUGCAGCAGCUUGUCCUUUCGGGGAACCUCAUCAAAGAGGCCGUUCGACGACUUCAUUCCCGACGAGGCAGGCAGCACUUUGGGGCCAGGGCCCCAGUGCCCCUAGCGCCGGCCCCUCCUCCGCCUUUGCCGCUGGCUGUGCAGGAGGCUCAGGAAGAAGGGACUCUAGCUCACUGCAGCCUUCGACGGCCAGCCUGCUCUAACCCGGAGGGCCUCCGCAGCCAGCUAGUGCACAGACUUGCAGACGGCAUCUUGGUCCCAAGCAGCUAGUGAGCCCAGCAGGUUCAGGGGCAAGAAGACAGGAGGCUGAGAGAACCUGAAAGCCCCAGCUCCAGAGAUUGACAUGAAUGAACUUGGAGUGGGGAACAGGGGUUCGAAGGCAAAGGGAAAAGAUGGGGUACCUUUUUCGAGGUUAUGGGGCGGGGAAGGGUGAUGUAGAACAGAACUAUAGGUUGUGGAUCUGGGUGGUUUGUAGGGAAUUGCCUGGUAAACAAAGGCCUCAUAGGGCCGAGAAUUAGAGCCCCUAGGUCUAAUUAGGAUGAAUAUCCUAGUUAUAGACAGACUACACUACUGACCCAAGAGCAUCCAUAGAAGAUACUCUUUAACUUGUAACUAGUGGUGCUGACUUACUCUGAGCCAACCGCAGCACAUUAGCCUGGUUGCCAUGUGACCAACAGCACAACCUUCGCAGGACUCCUUAACUGGCCAUCUCCACCCGGUGCCUUUGGAACCAAGUUGUUUUUUCCUCUGUGCAAUAUUAACUGGCCUUUUAAUAGGAGUUACACCUUCUUCCAUCUUGGCCUCCUUAGCACAUGUUCUAUCCUACUGAGCUAACCAUUAGGGAUGAACUCAGAAUGGAGAAUUAUUCCAGUUACCUGCUUUGACUUGACCCAGUUUGUUUUCACUACUGGUAGUUUGACUCAUUUGGGGGGGAGGGGGUGGAGUGGGAAGGGAGAGAAGGGUUUGAGAGCAGCAAGAAGGAACAAGAUGUCAUAACCUGACUUGAAAACUGGAUAGCAUUUUCCAAACUAGUUUUGGUUCUUCUGAGUUGUGGGUUCUUACUGCAUGAACACAAUCCUAUGAAAAGGGUAACUUCAGUAAAUGUGAAGAGAAAGAAAAUGAGUAAAGCCUGGGGGAGUGUGUGUGGGGGGGAGGACUUAAAGCGGAUUGCCUGCCAACCUCUUCCUUCUGCCCUUGUAUUGCAACAGCCUGUUGUUUCAAAGGCUAACUGGGGAAUGUUCACACCCGGUCAUAGUAGGGAAUGAGAAGGGGAAAGGAUGUGUUUGUGGGGAAGGAAGAAUUCGAGGCUCCACAGCAUGCCUGUCUAGAGUGGCUUUGGAAAAUCUGCCCUUGCAAUCUGUUUUGAAGAUCCUGGUUUUCCACACACCGUGCUGUGGUUCUCUGGCCAAGGGAGUAGCCAUAGUAUAUUCUGUGCCUCCUCAGGGAGCCCUGUGUUUUGAAACUGUUGAGAGUCUCUUAAGGACAUGCACCUUGUGCUUGUAGGUACUAGUUGGGAGGGAGAGCUGUGCACAUGUAUGUGUACACAUGUCCACAGGCUUGUGUGUUGACACUAUUCCCGAUUUUGCUGCUCCUGCCUUUUUUUGACCAGGGAGUAAGAUGUCCUAGAACCUGACAUGAUACUGCCAGUCACUAAGGUUUAUUUCUAGGCCAUUCUUCCUCCCUUGUUUAUACUUUUGCAUUAUUAGUAGGGGACUCAGCAUCAAGGAAGAGGCCCAUUUGACUGUGUGUGUGUCUGAGGCUAUUUGUGGUUUCUCCUGUAGCUCUCCUGAAUGAAAGGGGUUUGUUUGCUCCUUUCUCCAGUCCAUCCCUCACUUUUUUGAGUGAAUUCAGUAUUCUGAAAAUGUGACCCUCUGCGUAGAACUGCAAGCAUUCUCCUUUAAGGUGGCUCAGACCUUUGUUUUUUUGUUGUUUCAAGUUUCAAUGGCUUGGUCAUCAUCCAGAUGUGGCUAUUGAUACACAUACGCUUCGCAGCGGAGUGUCUGAAAUUUGUGGUGGUCCUGAUUUAUAGGAUUCUAGCAUUACUGAAGUAUCUAUGUUAAAUAAAGUUGGCUUUUUUGUUUUGUUUGUG